AAUGCAUGUGCCCUUCCUGCUCACAAACACCAACACCAACAGUCAUGGCGGCUGCCGCACGGUUCUUCCUCCGAGGCUCUAGCUCGAAACUUCCCCUCCUCGGGGCCGUCAGCGGGGCUCACAGCUCUGUCGGGGCCUCGCUGCUCACGGUGUCACCGAGCUGCAGCCCCCGCAUGAAGACACAGAGGAGACACGCAGCGCACUUCACCUACCAGCCUGACCCCGUCCCCACUAACCAUGGACCAACAACCAAGAUGAACAUGUUCCAGGCAGUUACAAGUGCCUUGGACAACACCCUCGCCAGCGAUCCUACAGCAGUCAUCUUUGGGGAAGAUGUUGCCUUCGGUGGAGUAUUCCGAUGCACAGUUGGUCUGAGAGACAAAUAUGGCAAGGACAGAGUCUUCAACACUCCCCUCUGUGAGCAGGGUAUUGUGGGAUUUGGUAUUGGUGCAGCCGUCGCCGGUGCCACGGCCAUCGCUGAGAUCCAGUUUGCUGACUACAUCUAUCCUGCUUUUGACCAGAUAGUCAAUGAAGCAGCCAAGUACCGCUACCGUUCUGGCAACCUGUUCGACUGCGGCAGCCUCACCAUUCGGGCUCCGUGGGGGUGUGUGGGCCAUGGAUCACUUUACCACUCUCAAAGCCCAGAGGCCUUCUUCGCCCACUGCCCCGGCGUCAAGGUUGUAAUACCACGUGGUCCAGUGCAGGCCAAGGGGCUGCUCCUCUCCUGCAUCACUGACCAGAAUCCGUGUAUCUUCUUUGAGCCCAAGAUCCUGUACAGAGCAGCAGUGGAGCAGGUUCCGGUGGAGUCCUACACAAUCCCACUGUCGCAGGCUGAGGUCCUACAGGAAGGAAGUGAUGUCACUCUGGUAGCCUGGGGUACACAGAUCCAUGUGAUGCGCGAGGUGGCCAACUUGGCCCAAGAGAAACUGGGAGUGUCAUGUGAGCUCAUCGAUCUACAGACCAUCCUUCCCUGGGAUGUAGAAACUAUUUGCAAGUCGGUGGUGAAAACUGGUCGUUUGCUCAUCAGCCACGAGGCUCCAGUAACCGGAGGCUUUGCAGCUGAAAUCAGCUCUACUGUGCAGGAGGAGUGCUUCCUUAACCUGGAGGCUCCCAUCAGUAGGGUUUGUGGUUAUGACACGCCCUUCCCUCACAUCUUUGAACCCUUCUACAUCCCAGACAAGUGGAAGUGCUUUGAGGCUAUCAAGAGGAUGAUCAACUUUUGAGCCCCUGUCAGGUACAAAGAGCCGACGUCUGGUAGCCCUGAACUCCACGUUCUCCCACUUUUCCUCUUCAUUCAUCCAAUCAGUGGGGAGCAGCCAGGAAAAGACAUUUUGACCAUCAAAUCAGGAAGCAGUAUCCAGAUGGGCUCCAUAUCCGUCUGUGUUCUGCUGAAAGACUGUUACAGUACCUCUGAAGUAUGGAACCUCGUUCAGUUGCAACGGAAAUGACUUGAUCUGGUCUAUAUUAUUAAACUCCACGUUUGCUUCAACAUAAUUUAAUGUCCUCUAAAGUAAAGGUUCAAUACUGUGGGAAACUCUUAUUUGGUAUGUGUUAUUGUCUGCCUUUCUGUGCUGUUACUUUUGAUUGAAUGUGCUCUAAUCUUUAUUUAGUUUGACAUCCACUGAACAUUAUUGUACUAAUAACAUGGACUUGUGGUUUUUAUGUAAAAUAAAAUGAAAUCAGAAUUGUAGAAAACA